CUCCGCAGUGUAUCUUAUUGAGUAUCGAAGGCUGCGUUCUGAUAUUUAUUAUCAGUAUUGAAAGUCCAUAGUUCAUGCCAUAUAUAUAUCAUAAGUUUUAUUUUAGUAAUGCAAUGAGAGAAUAUCGAAACGUAACUUAUUUCGAUCAAAACCGAAAACUAUCGAGUAUUACUCCAAAUUUUAAAAAGCGAGAAAAUAUUGUCGAAUUUGCAAUUUUCAAGGUCAAUUUCCUCGAGAAUGUAGCCUGGUAUAAAAACUUUUUCUAUUCAGUAUUUUAGCUUCUUUUCAGUAUAAUGAGGGAUACCGGCUGUACUAAAAUUUCGAGUAUACCAUGUAUAUAAUGUCACUUUUACAUAUGUAGAUGGCGCUAAUCUGUAUUUAAUUUACACAUCAUCAUUACGUAAAAAUCAGUUGUUCGCCAACAUCGGUGUUGAGUGUGUGACAGCUAUAGGUUAAGAGUCAAACGACAAUGGCAUGUUUCAGAUUAUUUGUAAAUACUUAUAAUGUGUCUAAGUACACAUACAAUAUCAGUCGGAGUAUCACUUCACUUUCAAUGUUAUCAGAUACACAUCAAAUGCUUUAUAAAACAUGCAGGGAUUUCGCCGAAGGAGAGUUAAAACCUAUUGCAGCUGAAAUUGAUAAAAAACACCGAUUUCCAAAAGAACAAAUAAAAAAAAUGGGUGAACUCGGUCUCAUGGGUAUAUGCAUACCUGAAGCAUUAGGUGGUACUGGACUGGAUUAUUUAGCGUACGCUAUUGCCAUGGAGGAAAUAUCCAGAGGUUGCGCGAGUACAGGAGUUAUAAUGAGUGUGCACAAUUCACUCUACUUGGGACCAUUAGACAAAUUUGGAAAUGACAAACAAAAGGAAAAAUAUAUUGUACCCUAUUUGAACAGUGAGAAAAUCGGUUGCUUUGCUCUCAGUGAACCAGGUAAUGGAUCUGAUGCAGGUGCCGCAUCUACUGUAGGAAAGGCAAAUGGUGAUACUUUUAUAAUUAAUGGCACCAAGGCAUGGAUCACAAAUGCAUUCGAAGCUGGAGGAAUAAUACUCUUUGCGGCAACUGACAAGGCUAAGAAGCAUAAAGGAAUAAGUGCUUUUAUAGUAGAUAGUCCAACAGUAGGCCUGACCUUAGGCAAAAAAGAAGACAAACUGGGCAUACGAGGCAGCAGCACCUGUUCCUUAAUCUUUGAGGAUUGUGAAGUGCCAAAAGAUCAAAUCUUGGGUGAAGAAGGAAUGGGAUUUAAGAUUGCAAUGAUGACUCUAGAUGCUGGUAGAAUAGGCAUCGCUGGGCAAGCCUUGGGCAUAGCACAAGCAUCCCUGGAUUGCGCGAUGGAGUACGCGUCUAAACGCCAAGCCUUCGGUGCGCCGAUCAUCAAGUUGCAGUCGAUUCAACAAAAAAUCGCAGAUAUGGCUCUCAGGGUGGACGGUUCGAGGCUCUUAACGUGGCGGGCGGCUCAAAUGAAGGACGCUGGAAAACCGUUCACGAAGGAAGCCGCUAUGGCCAAGCUGUCCGCGUCGGAAACCGCCACGUUCUGCGCACAUCAAUGCAUACAGAUCCUAGGAGGGAUGGGAUACGUGACAGACAUGCCAGCAGAACGUCAUUACAGAGACGCGCGUAUCACAGAGAUCUACGAAGGCACAUCGGAGAUUCAGAGACUCGUAAUCGCCACGAAUCUUAUCAAAGAAUAUGGCUUCAAUUGAAAUAGCACGACCCGUGUAAAAUAAUUAUUGGCAUCUGCGUUUUCUUUUUAUAUCCUAGUAAAUAUAUUUUCCAUAUGGAUUG